CCCCCUUUCUUGAGUUUCUUCUGGUCGUCUCUCUCUCCUUAUUCGCGGGGAGUGGAGGGUCGAUCGUUGAUAGGAUAUGAAUCCAAACUUCCAAACACCCUUUACACAGCUUCUUCUUCAAUUUGUUUGAUGUAUGUAUCCGUGCUUCCGAAUCGAAUCACCGACUCACCGUGGAGAUUCCAGGUUUUGGACGAUAUAUGAUUCAGUUAGGGAGAUUUUAAAUAUGGGGUUCCCAACUUCUUCGAGUUCGAGGUAUUUCGCUUAAGCUUUAAAUUUUCUGGGUUCUGCGAUGGAUCAUUGUCCACAACGAGGUUUCAGUAUUAUGAUGGGCGAAAGAACAAACAAGAUGUUCUGUGUGCAUGGGCUUCAUCUGAAAGGCUAUCGUUCUUUGUCGAUAUAGCUUCUUCUGAUUCAAGUAUUACUCUUUUAAGCUAUUCCUAACGUUUAUUGGUGCAAAACCAUGCCGCCAACGUUUACGGCGAUUACUUUAGAUAGGUUGUUAGAACCUGGGACUCCAAAAUCCGUUCCCAAGCUUCUUAAUUCGAAGCUGCAGAGCCGAAAGCCAUCCACAGAAAAGACAAUUCAACGGCCAUCGCCGAGUCUCUAUGCCACUCCUGAGGCAACUCCUCUUCCAGAUUCUCCAUCGUCUUUUGCUCCUUCCCCAUACAUUGUUAAUCACAAAAGACGUGGGCCUCGACUUCUCAAGACCGGUUAUCAGGAUGAUGCCUCAGUGAAACAAGCUACAGAGGAAGUGAAGGUUGAUGCAAAUGAGCGGAACGUUGAUAUCGAGGUUGUAGGUUCAAAGGAGGAUGUUACUGUUCCUCCAAUGGUCUCCAAUCCUUGUGAUGAUGCGGUUGUGAACGGUUUCCACGAUGAUAAGCCGGGGAGCUGUAAUUCGAAUGAUGGGUUUGAUGGGGCCGAGGAUUCAUCAAAGGUGGAUGCGGCAGUUGAUUUGGAGAUUGAAGAAGGGGAGGAUUUCUUUGAUCCUCAGGAGUCCAUGAGUUUCACCAGCAAUACUGAUUUGGAGGAGAGUAGCGGGCCCAAGCGUCCUAUGAAGCUAUGCACACCAAUGGGCGAAUUCUAUGAUGCUUGGGAAGAACUCUCUAGUGAAGUUGGCCAACAGUCUGGUAUUCGUGACAUUGAAGCUGAAUUGCGUGAGAUAAGAUUGAAUUUGUUAACAGAGAUUGAGAGGCGGAAGCAAGCAGAGGAAGCUCUCAGUAACAUGCAAAGACAAUGGCAAAGGAUAGGGCAACAAUUAUCCCUUGUGGGAUUGAGGCUGCCUACAGCUUCCAUUGCUGCUGCAGAGGAUGAAGAUUUGGAUUUUGAUCUUGGAGAAGAUCUAUGCCAACAAAUGUAUAUUGCACGGUUUGUAUCCAAUUCUGUUGGGAGAGGAUCUGCAAGGGCUGAGAUUGAGGAAGAGAUGGAAUCUCAGAUUGAGUUGAAGAACUUUGAGAUAGCUCGAUUGUGGGACAGGCUACAUUAUUAUGAAGCUGUAAAUCAUGAGAUGUCUCAGAGGAAUCAAGAAGCUAUUGAGAUGGCUCGACAACGUAGGCAAAGAAGGAAAAGAAGGCGGAAGUUGGUUUGGGGGUUGGUUGGCACAGCCAUUAUUGUUGGUGCUGCCGCGCUAGCAUGGUCUUACCUACCUGCUUCAAGAGGGUCAUCCACUACCAAUCACUCUGAUGCUCCUCGGGGUGAUGAUGCAACCGAGUUGUAAGUCUACUAACAAAACAGGGAUAACCAUGCCACAGAAUAAAUGGCACAAGAACAAGAAGAUGAAAGGUCAAAUACGCCACUGUUGGAUUAAUAAUAAAUUCUUUCUGCUGCCAUCACAGGCUGAGUAGAUGGACAUAAAUUGUAUUGGCAUCAUGUAUUGUCUCCCCAGUGGAUACUCCACAAUAAUGCAAUAAUUUGGUAUAACCCUUGUAUCUACAAUCCAAAUUUUCUGGUUGGUUGUUGUGCUCUGUUGAUUCACAAUUCUUUUAUAAUGCACGGUUACACUUACACCCCCAA